CUUGUCGAAGACGCUACACUUGUCGAAGACGCUACACUUGUCGAAGACGCUACACUUGUCGAAGACGCCACAACUGUCGAAGACGCCAAACCUGAACCUUCCCCCAGAUCAUUAAACUUGCGAGGAAAGAAAGAUAAGAAUCCAGUUCUUGCCUCUGAAAAAGACAAUGAAAACCUGUCGUGUUUAUCGAGUAUUUCCAAGACGAAAGCCAAAUUUCCUAGCAAAUCUAGAAUGGUAUCUUUCUAUUGUGAUUUCAUCGCAGGAUGGAUUGGAGGAUGUUUAGGCAUUGUAGUUGGACAUCCAUUGGACACGGUAAAGGUUCGGCAACAAUCUGGCAAUGACCGUGGAAUAGUGGCCGUAAUGAAACAGUGCAUUCGGCAUGAAGGGACACAUGGUUUCUUCAAGGGGCUCUCGUUUCCAAUUUUAUCAGCUGGUGCUUUAAACUCCAUAUUCUUUGGCGUAUACGGAUCCGUCUUGAAAACACUGGACAAGGGAACUGGUAGUCAGUCGACUUACGGCCAGAUUUUUGCUGCGGGCUUCGUUGGAGGUUUCCUGCAACUAUCCGUGGCCUGUCCGGUUGAUCUCAUAAAAAUCAAACUUCAAACCCAAACAACGUCAGCAAAUACUUUAUAUCGAGGCCCCGUGGAUGCGUUGCUUAAAAUUUUCAGUGAGACUGGCAUCGUUGGACUCUAUCGAGGGUUCUGGAUCAUGGCUUUAAGAGAUUGCCCAUCAUUCGGGGUAUACGUGAUCAUUUAUGAUACCAUUAUGGCCCGCAUCUCCGACCGAGCCCCACAAGCCGCCUUUUUCAGCGGAGGCAUUGCCGGUCCAAAUCUGGUUAUUGAACUCAGGAGAGGCGAUCAAGGUUAUGAGACAAUGAGCAUACAUGUGUCGUAUCAUGGUUAUUAAUCAUGCCUUUGGAUGUGGUUAAGUCCCAAAUGCAAGCGGAUUGCGCAAACAAUCCCAAAUUUACGGGCAUGAGUGCGGCGGCUCUGGCUUGUUACCGUGAACGUGGUUGGAGAGGCUUCUUCAAGGGAUCUCUGGCAGUAGCUCUC